AUGUCUGACAGCAACAACAGCACAGGCAGCAGUGGCUCCUCCACCAACAGCUGGACCCUCCUCUCCCCUGAGGAAGCUGCCAUUGAGAAUGUGGGUCCUGUGGAUGACGGCACUGAGAGCCUGGGAGAUGCCCCCAGUCUCUCCGAGGAGGUGGCAGGAGCUGCGGCUGAGUUCAAACCAGCUGACAUUCCAGUAGAAACUGUUUUAUCUGAAGAAGGUCACCAGGUUUGUCAGGAGACAUCUCCAGAGUCCAGUGAGGGUCCUGUCCCUUCGAGUCCGGCCCGGCUGAGUCCUCUUCCACCCGGCCCCCACGAUGCUUCAUACUUUGACUUGGAGAGUCAGCCUCCGGUUAUCCACGAUAUCGUAACCACCUCUCCCAGCGACAACGAGCCACAAGGUGCCAUGUCUUUUGUCACCAACAUAGAUUUGGGGUCUCAGCUUGAUGUUCCAGUUGUUGAAAUCUCCACGGCUGACUCCAGAGAGCCCUGUUCCGCUUCUCCCAUGACUGAGUUCACCGUCUCUGCUGAGCCCGCGCUCGACACACCUGCUGAUUCUGGACUGAUUCCUGCGAGUCUUUCUGGGGAGGAGGACGUCUCGAGUGCUGUACCCGAGGUUAACGUCCCCACAGAGACCCUCGCUGCCGCCGAAUCUCUGCCUCACGUUGAAGCUGAUAUUAGCUUUGCUCCAGGAAGCACCGAGCCUGAGAGCACAGUCCCACAGAGCCUGGAGACGGAGCAUCCAGCUGCACCUGAGACACUUGGUUCUGCUGAGACAGAGGAAGAGGAGGCUGAAAGGGAGGAAGACAAGCCUUCUGAGACGAUGGACAUGGAUGAAGGCGAGGAUGAGGAAGAGCCGUCCAGCCGUUAUGAGCUGGGUGACACGAGCAGCUUUGACGACGGACUGAGGAGGAGGAAUGUGCCCUCGUUUGAAGCACCAAGACCCUCGGAUGAGGAAGAGGAUGAGGAGGAGGUGGAAUUCAAGCUGCCUGAGAAAAAGGAAGAAAAGUCCUGGUUCUCGGUGAACAAAUGCAUCGUGGCUGCUUUGGUCCUGCUCUUCUUAGGUUCCCUCUUUUUCUCAGGUGAUUUUGACGCCUCUGAACUGACGGACGGAGAACAAAACCAGGCUUGUUUCCUCCAGGACGAGCUUAGCAGUGAUCCACAGGAUAUGAAGGAGUUAUUGGAUAAACUGGCACAGGAAAAACAACAAAUCGCUCAGCUGGAAGCUCAACUACGGACUAAAAAAGAAGAACUUGACUCUCAGAUGAAUGCCGUGGCAGCAAGUGGCGAUGAAAAGGGGAUAGUAGAGUUAGAAAAAGAAAACACCAGGUUAAGAGAGGAGCUAUUGUCGCUGCCUGAGCUGAAGAAGGAGCUGGAGAGUCUGAGGGUUCGAGUGACUGAACUCAGCAAGCUAACGACUGUUGCAGAAAUACCAACUUCCAGUUCAUCCUCUCAGCCUGGAGACGGAGAUGCUCAGAGCUCUCACAAACCAGCCGGACCAGAGAGGAAGAAGGAAGGAAACCUGAAGAAGGAACUUCACCGGCAGAAGGUUCUUCUGGAGAAGAGCAAGAAAAGACUGGACGAGAUGAAAGCGGACAGAGGCGACGGAAAACGGGUCCGGGAAAGCUUGGAGGGGAUCCAGAGGAAGCUCUCCGAACAAGUCGAGAAGUGGGAGAAGGCGAAGCCGCAGGGGUCAAAAUGGAGGGGAGACAAGGGCAAACAUAAAGAGCACUGGAAGAAAGAGGAGAAGAAGGAGUGGAAGCACAAAGAGCAGAAGAAGGAAAACCAGUGGAAGCCUCAGAAGGACAACUCUCACAAAGAAGCCUGGAGGAAACACCAGGACGAGUGGGAGAGGAAGAAGGGGGAGCGCAGACUGGACCGGGAGGAAAGAAGGAAGGAGAAACCGUGGCACAGCCAGCCCGGUAAAAACUCCCAUCAUCAUCAGAACCAACACCAGCGCCGCCAGCAUCACCAGCACGACGACGACUUCUGGAGAGACCAGGACCAGAAGCUCCGCCGCAACGUGCGCCCCCAGCUGGGCUGCACCUCCUUGGAGGACUGCGCCGCCAAGGAGGGGUUGUACCCAGUGGAGCUGUCCGAGUUUGAGGAGCUGCUGGAGGGCUACCUGAGCAAACUGGAGGGCUCCUCCGAGAGCAAGGACAAGAUCAGGAAGCUGGCGGCAGAUUUCUUCGAGGACGGCGUGUUUAUUCACGACAGGGUUCGCUUCGGGGACUUCGCCGAGGACGUGGCGGACAUUCUGGAAGACAUGGUGGACGUGUUGGACGGUGGCGGGCAGAAGGACAGCGACUCUCUGGAGGAGGAGAUGGAGGAGUUUGAGCGAGAGGCCCUGUGGAAGUUUGCAGCUUAGAAACGGACCAGUUAGAAGCUGCAAAUGGGACGCCGCAGCACACGUGGUGCUUUUAAGGACACUUACCCACCGUCUCCUCCAGAGCUGUAAUUACAGAAGCUUUUGGUACCAAUGGAUCUGUCACUCUUAAAUGUCCCUUGAAGUCUCUAAUUAUGAGCUAGAUUUAUCAUUUUGGGCUUAGUUGUUACCUACCUCUGUCUGGUCAUGCAACCUGAAGUCCAGUCCCUCAGUAACUGUGUGAAGUUUUCUUUGCUAGUCAGUGCAGUAAACAAUGCAUGUGAGUUUGAACUCCGAUCACACUAAAAAA